UUUCCUUUAGCAAGAUGGCGGCGAGCAGCGUAGGCCGGGUCGCUGCGGCGGCCGGCAGCUCCGUGAAACCCAUCUUCAGCCGAGACAUGAACGAGGCCAAACGGAGGGUGCGCGAGCUCUACCGUGCCUGGUACCGGGAGGUGCCAAACACCGUGCACCUAUUCCAGCUGGACAUCACGGUGAAGUGUGGACGAGACAAAGUCCGGGAAAUGUUCAUGAAGAAUGCCCAUGUCACGGACCCCAGGGUGGUGGAUCUUCUGGUCAUUAAGGGCAAGAUGGAGCUGGAGGAGACGAUCAAGGUGUGGAAGCAGCGGACACAUGUGAUGCGCUUCUUCCAUGAAACAGAAGCGCCGCGGCCGAAGGAUUUCUUGUCCAAGUUCUAUGUUGGCCACGACCCGUGAGGGCGCCCAGUGGAAGGUGCACGUGAUGUUAUUGUUUCAGAAUGCAAAUAAACUCAGUCUGUGGCGGUCA